AUGGAAAAGACAGAUGACAUUCAGAGCGCCCAGGAUAAGCGUGAAGAGGGCAUCCCAAAGAGUUCCCCAUUUGACUUUGUUAUGAAACAGUUCCAAGGGAAGAGGUCCUCUCCUGGAAAAAGAAAAGAGCAGCCUUCAGCCAUCAAAAAAUUCUUCAGGGGCUUUGACUUCGGUAAAUCUGAAGGCAAGGACAGAAGGGAAACUGAAGAAACAGAAAUAAACGACUCUGGAGCUGAUGAUCAGAGUGAGAAGCAAGAGCUCUCUGUAGAAGAUGGACUUUCACAUCACAAUUCUGAAGCGGAGUCACCAUCUGGUGAGCAGAGAUUUAACCAGUUCAUGCAGAAACUGGGAAAGAAAGCCAACAUCAAGAAUCUGGAUCUAAAUAAUUGUGCUUUAAGUGCAGCAGAUGUAACAGAGCUGGCUUCUUUACUGCCAUUUCUCCCAGAGCUGGAAGAGAUUGACCUGUCCUGGAAUGGUUAUGUUGGUGGGACUUUGAAAGCUCUCACUGUUCAUCUUCAUCAUGUGAACCUGUUAAAAGUCCUUCGACUUAACAACUGCAGGCUGACAGCUGAGGAUGUCACCUCCUUAGGAGAGGCAUUUGAAAUUGUUCCUCAACUUGAAGAACUGGAUUUAUCAUGGAACAGUAACAUAGGUGGAAAACUAUCACUCCUGACAAAAAAAUUCAAGAAAGGAUGCAAGAUAAAACUUCUGAAAAUUACAGACUGUAACCUGACAGCAAAGGAUGGAGAAUCCCUUGCUGAAAUUCUAGAUGUGAUCCCAAACCUCGAAGUAUUAGAUCUCUCUAUCAACAAACACAUCGGCUGCAGCAUGAAGGUUAUUGCUCAGGAUCUGAAAAAUGUGCCAGGCUUGAAAGAGUUAAACGUGCACAUGUGUGGAUUAAAGCAAGACAGCCUCCAGGGCUUAGACUCCGCUUUACAACACCUUGCUGAGCUAAGAAAAUUAGACGUAUCGUGUAACAAAGAGGUUGGUGGUGGCUUUAAAGACUCAACAGCUCAUUUGGCCAGCUUGAAAAAUCUUGAAGUCCUUGAUCUCCACCAGUGCUGUGUAACAGAAGAGGACAUGACCGUUUUGUCCCAGGUGAUACCUUUACUCUCCAGUCUUCAAGAGUUGAAUUUAUCCUCGAAUAAAAAUGUAGGAGUCUCAUCUGAUCCUCUUCUGGGCAGGCUCAGGUUUUUACCGAAGUUGAAAUCUGUGGCCAUCAGCAACUGUGGUUUACGUAAAGAGUCAUUUUCCUCACUAGCUGAAGCUGCCCUUCACCUUCCUGAACUGGAGAUAUUAGACCUUUCUUGGAAUAAGUGCGUUGGUGGGAACCUAAAGCUGCUUUUGGGAGCACUAAAGCUUGCAACGGAGAUUCAAGUGUUAAGACUGAGCAGCUGUAACUUGGUGGCUGAAGAUUUGGCACUUCUAACAUUACUGACACGGGAUGGCCAUCUAGCCAGAUUACGGAAGCUGGAUUUGAGUUACAAUGACAACAUCUCUGAUGAAGGGUGGGUCAUUUUCUGUCAAGGCUUAGCAGUAUUCAAAGAACUCUCAGAGUUGGAUGUCAGUCUUCGCCCAUCGUCGUGCCGUGACUGUGGGAUGUGGUUCAGCGAGUUGCUAGCAGCACUGACAAAGCUGCCUGUCUUGGCAGAGCUGGGAAUGCAAAGAUGGGUCCUUUCAGAAUCACAGCGGAAACGACUGGAAAGCUUUAAUCAAGACAACAAAAGAAACAUUCGUUUUGACUUUUGAUGGAGGGUGAAAGUUCUGGAAGGCCUUUCACAAGCAGCAUGUGAACUAAGUAUUAUGUGUCUCUGACUUAGAAGACUGCCCAGUUUUUAGUAAUCUUGUCUCAUGAGAGCUCUUGAAAUAGUUCCACAAUUGUAUAGAACCGUUAUUUAACCUUCU